UAGCUCCACUCCGAGCCAGUAGGUGAAAUUGUAAUCUUUUGCUGUUAAACACUUCCUGUUAGAAAACGACAAAGAAGCCAACGAGCCAAUCAGGUUGAGCCUUACUGAAACCAGUCGCAGCCUGGUCGUCUCUCUUUCCACGUGCACCCGGUGAACGUGAGAAAGUAUUGACACGGAGGAUGUUUUUAUCAGCGGACAAUGGCGGGUGUGUGGAAAAGGACUAAGGUGUCUUCAUGUGGUCUUUUAAGCAACCACAGAUAUUUGUGCAAAAAGGCCAUGAUGUUUCGUGCCAUGGCGAGCACGAGGGUGUGCAAGAAACCUCAGCGGAAGCCGAUUAAUGACAACUUGAAGAGGAAACGAACGGACAGCCGUUCUGAGCCACGGGACGCCGAAGUGUCCAACCAUCAGAAGUGUCAAAAUACAAGCCCUGCCGCGCAUGUAACUGAGAGUCCACAGGAAGUCUCUGUGCCGAGGGACUCGUGGGAGAUGGACAGCGGCUUCUCCGAGUCCAGCGCCAGGAGCUCGCCGAGUCCGACUGCUGUGGUCGCGUUGGACUGCGAAAUGGUCGGCACUGGACCCCGCGGGCGCUGCAACGAGCUUGCCCGCUGCAGCAUCCUAAAUUACCACGGCGACGUCCUUUUCGACAAGUACGUGAAGCCUUGUCGCCCCGUCACCAACUUCAGGACACGCUGGAGCGGCAUCCAGCGACACCAUUUAAAAGACGCCAUGCCCUUUGCUCAGGCCAGAGAGGAGAUCCUGAGCAUUCUUGAGGACAAGGUGGUGGUGGGACACGCGGUCUCCAACGACUUUGACGUGUUGGGCAUCGUCCAUCCAGCUCACAUGGUCAGGGACACGGUGGCCACGCGUUACCUCGCCUGUUUAGUUGGCUUUCCUCGCCCACACGGCUCCUCCCUGAAGGUCAUGGCCAGUAAGCUUCUCAACAGACGCAUCCAGGUGGGGAAGAGAGGCCACUGCUCGGUGGAGGACGCGCGGGCCUCCUUGGACCUUUACAAGCUGGUGGAGGACAAGUGGGAGGGGCAUCUGCAGAGCGUACAGAGGGGGGAAGACUACAAUCGCCCCAACAUGGCCGCUUCCAUGGAGGAAUUCAUGCAGGACCAGUACUGGCCUCAACACCUGACCUCUGACUGCCAGGGGGCGGAGCUUGUUGGAGAUGCAGACUAAUGACUUUUGAUGCUAAACGGCAAACGCGUUAUAACUUAUUACUAGACUUGGUUAUGCGCUCGUUCGGUGCUUCUCUACCUUUGACCUCAUCAGGACCAGAUGACCGCACACAAACAGGAAGUGUUUUUUCCACACAGCUGCUAGCAGUCUUUUUGAUUGCUCAUCUUCAAUGCCUUCAAUACAUAUAUUUUCAAUACAAUGUCAACAAAUGUUGGCAGACAUACAAAUGCUCACUUUCUUUGUCAGAUUUGUUUAUUUCCUUUUCAACUUUUCUUUUUCAUUUAUAUAUUUUCUCCUCUUAAAAACAAUAGUAAAAAUACCAACGCCCCCUCCUUAUGCCACCAAAAUUGUAAUCUUGCAUCUUUGAUUUCGUGUAAUGACUAUUUGGGGAAAUAAACAGGACUUCUCGCCUA